AUGUCCGCCGAGAAGAAGCAGAAGGCCCACCAGGAGCUGAUCUCGGCCGCCAAGCUGAACCACGACACAGUCGUCGCCAACAUCGCCAAGUACAGAAGCCCCGUCUUCGUCAAGGACAACAAACAGAUGAAGCUGAAAAACACGGCGGCAGAGAAGGACCAGUAUGAGUACGUGCCCGGGUCGAUCGUCGACCAGCAGAUGCGAGACUACGAGUUCAUCCAGGCGCCGCUCAACGAGAAGACGGCACUCGAUCUGUGGAGGACCGUUUGGCAGGACCAGACGCGUCUAGUGUGCUCGGUAUCGCAGGAGAAUCUGAUCGGCGAGGAGGCGUCGAGCAAAUGCUGGCCAUAUUGGCCACGCAGCGAGGACAAGAGCAUUUCUUAUGAUAACGGCCGCUUCGUGGUGAAGUGCAAGAAGAAGGGGGGCGACCGGAAGAAGGGGUUCACCAUCUACGAGUUGACCGUCGUCGGUCCGCCCGAUGAGGACAAGAAAGGCGGCGAGGAAGGCGGUGGCGACACGGAAGAGCGCCCGGUGACGCUGCUCCACUUCGAGAAGUGGGCGCCGGAGAAGUGGAUGGAUGGGGAAAAUGUUUUCCAUCUCGUCAUGGAACUGCAUAAUCGCACACAGCAGAUUUGUCGCAAAGUGACGGACGGCUACUUCCCGCCCAUUCUCCUCCAGGGCUACGAAGCGCUCGGCAGGACGGCGAUAAUCUGCCUGGGUAUGUGCUUGGCCCGUGAUUGUGAGACCAAGACAAAAUACGAUCCGCCCACCACGAUGCGCUCCAUUGCAAAGAUGCGCCCGGGUGCGUUCAGCAAUCGUCUCCACUGGACGUACGGAUGGGCCCUGUGCUACCGUAUCGCCUACUACACCACCUGGACAAAUGACUGGAAAAACACAGCGGAGGAGAUGCGAAAGGGCCUGGAUGCGGCGAAGCUGAUCCCCGUCGAGCCACGGGUC